AUGCAUUUCACCAAGACUCUCGUCUCUCUUUUCGCCAUCGCCGGCUUUGCUGCUGCGCAGUACAGCGACUCUGACUCUGGUCUUGCUCGCCGUGAGGUUGCCGAAGCUGUCCACGAGGAGUACCUUGCCGCUCGCGACGAAUACAUCGAGAAGCGUGAGCUCUUCCGCCGCCUUGGUGGUAACGGCAAGUGUUACAAGGACCGCAAGUCGAUGUCUUGCAAGAAGCUCAUCGGACACGGAAAGGGUACCACUUACUGUGGCAAGUGCCGCCCUACUGCCGCCACUGGAGAGUACUGCCUCUGCAACGCUUAA